GUACAAGCAAUCCUACCGAUGAAAUUAACAGAUUCCCAUCAGUUGGAGAAAAUGUAAAAAAGCUACAAGAGUAUUUGAGAAAUGAAAAGCUCAAAACAAUUUGCAUAUGGGGACUAAUAGGAGUGGGGAAAAGUACGAUAUGAAUCGUCUACGGCAAGAAAUUAAGGUACCUGAAGACUUUGACAUUGUGUUUUGGAUAGAGGUAAGCAGAGAUAGAGAUAAAAGAUACAUACAAGAAGAGCUUCUGAAGCGGCUGAAAGUAAAUCCGAAAGAACUCGGUGAUGAAGAACUAAAAAACAUGAUUUAUGUAAAGCUGAAGAACUACCGGAAGUAUUUAUUGUUGCUUGAUGACGUUUUUUCAAAUAUUGAUUUGGAAAAAGUAGGGAUUAAUGAUGAACACAAAGGAAAGGUGGUCAUUGCAUCGAGGUAUAAACAAGUUUGUAUGGGGACGAAUGAAGAGAUAGAAGUGCAGAGAGUGUCGGGCACGGAUGCCCAAACUAUGUUUUGGGAUAGAGUGGGCAUGGAUUUGAAGUAUAAUCCACACAUCAAGACACAGGCAGAAUUGAUUAUUAAGUUCUGCAGUGGCAUGCCAUACCUGAUAAAGUUGAUAGGAAAUUACUUAAGUGUAAUGACUCGUGCAGAAAAUGUAGACUGUGAAGCGAUAUGGCGAAGCACAUGUGAUCUAUUGACAUCACCAAGGGGGAAACCAAAGGGAGAUUUGGAAACAGUUUACAAGUCCCUUAAAUUUGAAAUUGACAAGCUGGAACCAGAUGACAAGUCUUGCUUUCUAUAUUUGGCAAGUUUUCCCUCUAUCCAUGAACUUCUUCAUGAUUAUAUAAUUGAAUGUUGGAGAGCGGAGCAAUUCUUAAACGAUUUCGUAGAGCUUGGUGGGGCACGUAACUAUGGGUGUAGUCUAUUGGUGCACUUUGUCAACCAUUUUCUUUUGGAAAAGGGGACGAAGGAGGCUCAAUAUAAGAUGUUCGAGUUUUAUCGACGAGUCGCGCCUAGAAUUGCCAGAGACGACAACAAUUGUGUUCAAGAGUCAAGGAUCUUAGUGACUGGUGAUUCAUUCCUAUCCUGUUUGCCAAAUGAGCCCAAUUCUAAAAGAUUCUCGACAUUGUUACUUCAAAAAAUUAGUUGCUUUCCACAAAUUCCAUCACCAUAUUUUGAAUUCCUUCGACUUCUUGAAUUGUAUAAAGCUAAGAUCGAAACUCUUCCAUCAUCAAUCUCCAGUUUCAGAAAUCUCAAAGCGAUGUUCCUAAAGAAUUGUGAUCAAUUAAGAGUGCUUUGUGAUGAGAUAGGAGACCUUUAUAAUCUCGAGAUUCUGGACAUACGUCAUACUGGAAUUUAUAAUUUGCCUCUGGUAGGAGGAAAUUUGACUACUCUUAAGUGUUUGAGAGUUUCAAUUAGGAAUGGUGUCGGGAAUGAAGACCGUGUUAAUGGUCAGGCGAGGCAGGUGAUUUCUCCUAAUGUUCUUGCACGGCUUCAUUCACUGGAAGAGUUGGGUAUUGAUGUGAAUCCAACUGAUGGAAGAUGGAAUCAAAUUGUAGAGAGUGUUGUUGCGGAAGUUGCUGCUCUUACAGAAUUGACCACUCUCUGUUUCUACUUUCCUACAGUGAAUAGCUUUGAGACAUUUAUUCGUACAAGUAUGUCGUGGAAUUUGAACAAUGAGUGGAGACCUGAAAGACUCAGAUCAUUCAAGAUCAUUGUUGGUCAGCAGCAAGAAAAUUCUCUUACUGAAUUUGAUGCCUUUAGAUGGUCAGCUGAAAAGCGUUUGAGAUUCUCAGCAGGUGAAGCCUUUCCUAAUGCAAUUUUAAAGAUAUUGAAGAAAGCAUCGUCUUUUGAGCUAAUUGCUCAUAAAGCUGCCAACUUAUCAGUGUUUAGUGCUGAUAAUCUACAAGGGCUUGAAGUUUGUGAAAUUAAAGAUUGUCCUGAAAUGACAAGCAUUAUUGAUGGUGACGGCGCCGCGUUUCAAUGCCUAAAGAGGUUGUACAUAGAUGGUCUUCUAAAAUUGGAGCACAUUUGGAAAAAUUCAGUAAUACCAGAGCUGAGUCUUAUCCAGCUCACAAAUUUAAAGCUAAAAGGAUGCCCUAUGCUGGAAUUUUUAUUCUCUGAGAAAGUGGCUGUACAACUUAAGGAGUUGCAGUAUAUGCAAAUUGAGCAAUGCAAAGUCAUUAAAGAAAUUAUCAAGGAUGGAAGUAGAGUUGAAUUUGAAUCCAGUGCCUUUCCUAAAUUGAAGAAUUUGGAACUCAUUAAGCUUGCCUUAUUGUCUAAGAUUUGCCGUGAUGUGUCAUUGAAAUGUGAUUCUUUGGAGACAUUGACGAUUGAUGCAUGUAUGGAGCUAAAAAAUUUCCCAUCUACUUUCCAGGGCGCAGAGAAAUUGAAAGAUAUCUACUGCAAUCAAAAUCUGUGGGAUCAGUUGGUUUGGCCGCAUGAUGGCAAUGCCACUAAAAUCCGUUUUGGAAAUCUGCACAGAUCCACAUAAGGUAAAUCAAACUAUCAAAGACAACUUUUUAGACGUAUUUCUUUGCUGUGCUUUUAGAUGACAAUCAUCAAAGUUUACAGGACUGAUUUGCAUAGCUUCUUUGAGUUUGCUCUGUUUGCAGGCGUGGAUUUGCGGGUGGUAAAAAGGUACUACUCAUCUAAGUGAAUCAUUUUCAGGGGCUUGUUGCAGGAUUUCAAUGCCAAGUUUACGAGUUUCCUUUUCGGAGUUAUGCUCAUUGUUUAUGAAGUUGGCAAGCAAGUAUUGCUCUAUAAUUUGUUUCUAAGAUUGGUGUAUGAUUUUGAGUAAAGAGUUGUAUUAUUAUCUGUGACUUUGUUUGGGAAGUUACAUAACUCCAGGUGGCAAGCAAGUUUUGUUCUAUAAUUUGUUUCUAAGAUUGGUGUAUGAUUUUGAGUA